AUGCGUGCCACAACCUUUGCUUUGCUGACUGCCCUCAGUGCAGUACUUGUCCACGCCCAGGGAUAUAGUAAAGAGUGUUCUGAUAUCUAUCUCAACGAAGGUUGGCUAGUUGCAACCUGUCCAAAGGAUGACGGCAAUGGCAACAUCACUAGCAGCGUCUAUCUGCCGAACAAGAUUGUCAACGAUAAUGCUGUGCUCGAGUGGGCCAUCGACGGACUUUACUGGAAUUCCUGCAAGGACUGCGCGCUCACCAACAGCGGUUCAACUUUGCAAUGCUCCUGCAGAGGCGCACCAUCUCCGUACCGCAACACAACGUUGAAUCUAGAGGAACAUAUCGCCAAUUAUGACGGGCAUCUCCUUUCCAACCUCACUGGGCCCGUCACCACUGUUCCAUCAGAUUCCUCAUAUCCCAUUCCCUCGGAAUUUGAGGUGGAGCUUGACAUGUCAACACUGAACAACUCGUGCGCCUCAUCUGGAGCAACGAUCAUACUCAAUAGCCCAACAAGCUGCUGGUAUCUUAACCUCGGAGUAGAGUACUCCUGGGCAUGCGGCAACUCUGUGAACAACCAAGGCUGGGAGAUUGUAGGGUACUCGGAUACAGAUUGCACAAGUGACCCGGUUGCGGCCUUUACACAGGAAAACCAGGGCACUUGCUUGACGUUUUCGACAGGUGUCAAAGGCUUCUCAGUGACGCCACUGUGGAACGCGGACUAA